ACUCGGACACUGAAGUCAGAGAGGACACCAGCAACAAAAGGUGACCAGGAGCCUCCAGGAUGUCUGAGCUGGAGAAGGCCAUGGUUGCCCUCAUUGAUAUCUUCCAUCAGUAUUCAGGACGGGAGGGUGACAAGCACAAGCUGAAGAAAUCAGAACUCAAGGAGCUCAUCAACAAUGAGCUCUCCCACUUCCUGGAGGAAAUCAAAGAGCAGGAAGUUGUGGACAAAGUCAUGGAAACACUGGAUGAAGAUGGAGAUGGAGAGUGUGACUUCCAGGAAUUUAUGGCCUUCGUCUCCAUGGUGACUACAGCCUGCCAUGAGUUCUUUGAACAAGAGUGAGACAAAAAAAAAAAAA